CGACGUAACGUGGAACAAGGUCAAGGCGAGCAAAAUGCAGGUGCAGUUCAAUCUUAAGGAGGUUAAGACAGACCUUCUGCACGCGAUACACGAAUGUUCUCAGCGCGGUUUGCUGCAUACCACCAAAUGGUUAGCGGAAUUGAAUUAUUCGUUGAAGAAUGUAGAAAUAGACGAACACGAUCUGACUACAGAAAUCAAGACGGAAAUUGGCGAACCAGAAGAUAUCUACAACCUGGCUAAAACAUACUUCGAUCUGAAGGAAUAUGACAGAGCGGCGUAUUUCACGAUGGAGUGCAUGAGCCCUAAAAUCAGAUUUCUACAUUUGUAUUCACGUUACUUGUCAGGGGAGAAGAAGAAGAUAGACGAUAUGACAGACGUACCACCAGAUCCUUUGAAGAAUGAAACGCUGAAAUAUCUUUGUGCUGAUUUAAGGUCGGAUCAUUUAGCGUCAAGGCUGGAUGGCUAUGGGUUGUAUCUUUUUGGUGUGACACUGAAAAAGCUGCAGCUUACUAAAGAAGCGAUAGAUGUUUUAAUGGAGUCUAUACAUAAGGAACCUAUGCAUUGGGGUGCAUGGUUAGAAUUGGCUGCAUUAAUUACAGACAGGGAGAAGCUGGAGAGCUUGUGCCUGCCCAAUCAUUGGAUGAAAAACUUCUUUAUAGCACACAUGUACUUAGAACUGCAGCUCAUAGAUGAAGGUCUAGAGUUAUAUUACCAACUCCAAUCAAUGGGCUUUCAGAAAAAUGGUUAUGUUUUAGCUCAAACUGCAAUUGCUGUGCAUUAUAGAAGAGAUGCUGAUAAUGCAAUAGAAACUUUUAAAAGAAUAAUAGAUGAAGAUCCAUAUUGUCUUGAUAAUAUGGAUACAUAUUCGAAUCUACUUUAUGUGAAAGAAAUGAAAGUUGAACUAGCAGAUCUGGCACAUAGAGCUACUGAGAUAGAUAAAUAUAGAUUAGAGACUUGUUGUAUAGUUGGAAAUUAUUACAGCUUAAGAGCUGAUCAUCAAAAGGCAGUGAUGUAUUUUCACAGAGCAUUAAAAAUGAAUCCACAAUAUUUGUCAGCUUGGACAUUGCUAGGUCAUGAAUUUAUGGAAAUGAAAAAUACCAAUGGAGCUAUCCACAGCUAUAGACAGGCAAUUGAGGUGAACAGACGAGACUAUAGAGCAUGGUAUGGCUUGGGUCAGACUUAUGAAAUUUUGAAAAUGCCAUUUUAUGGACUCUAUUAUUAUAAACAAGCUCAACUCUUAAGGCCCCACGACAGUAGGAUGGUUUUAGCCUUGGGCGAAGCAUAUGAAAAGCAGGAUAAAAUUCAAGAUGCACUCAAAUGUUAUUAUAAGGCAUGCAACGUGGGUGAUAUAGAAGGAAUGGCACUCUUAAAAUUAGCAACGUUAUAUGAGAAAUUAGGAGAACAUGAUCAUGCAGCGGCAGCUUAUACAGAUUUUGUAGCAGAUGAAUUCCGAAGUGUCGAUAGAACUGAGUUGAGUCAUGCAUAUAAAUAUCUCACACAGUAUCACUUAAAGAAGGAGCAAUUGGAUCAAGCUAAUCUUUAUGCACAAAAAUGUCUUCAGUUUGAUGAAACAAAAGAAGAAGCAAAAGUGCUAUUAAGAACUAUUGCUGAAAAGAGAGCUAAAGUGGAAGAAACUUCUAUGGUGGUGGAUGAUAUGAACGAAACAGAUCCUGUAAUUGAGCAAAGAUCACGAACAGAUGCAACACCUGGAAGUCAAUUAUCGCCGAUGAAUCUUUCAUUCACACCUACGCCAUAAACAAAACGGAUAUUUUCUAUUUAUACAUAGUAUACAAUUUUAUUGUUUGUAUACUAUGUAUAAAUAGAAUAAAUAGAAUAAUGUUUGUAUAAUUCUGUACAUAAAUAUAAAAAUAUUUAAUAAUUUUUUUCAUAUCA